ACUUAUGUAUAUUGGAAAAAACUGUGUUGAAAUAUUCAUUAAGCUUAAAAUCAUGAUAUUUUUACUUGAGGAGCAAUUAACAGGUUAUGAAGUUUACACGCAUUUUUUACGGAAAUUACAAUAACGUAGAAGAUUGUUUAAGUUAUGAGUGACACAGAUGAUACAGACGACUUGUUACUUAUCCCUCCAGAUUUUUUCGUAAUAGAUUCAGAUUCAGGCCACUCAGGUGUCGAACCAUACUAUAACAUCGUCGAUAAUCUUAUUCAGAAGGUCAGUAAUUUGCAAGAACGAAUUCAUAAUAUAGAAACUAGUUCUUUAAAUACUUCAUUGGAUUUUGAUAUAACUCAGAAUAUGCAGAAGUCUUCGGGGUUUCGUAAAUAUAACAGUAUCGAUGACUUGUAUGUGUCUGAAAGUGCACAGAGUACACCUCAGAAAGCACACACAAAAUUUAGGUUGAAUUCAUUGCCGGCUAGCCCUAAUAUUGAGAAAUUUAGUUCUUCAAAAAGUAUAAGAGCAACCAGGGAUUUCAAAUCAAGUUCUCCAAGAAGCGCAAGGCGGACAUCACCGGAUGUUACUCCUGUGAGGGAUAGUCAAACGUCGAGUGAAAUCGAUACAUUUCUGUCAAAAGUUAAGACCAUUCAACGGAUAAACGCAUCGAGAAAUCUAGACAGGGAAUUUGGUGACGUAGGGAUUCCAAGGACUGAUAAAAAUGAAGAUAUGGACAGGUUUCGAGGAGAUUUUGAUCAGCACUAUAAAGACAAACAACGAACUGAGCCAGAACCAGUGAUUACUAAAGAAAAAACUUGGCGACAAGGUGAUAAUAAAGAAAGUGUACCUGAUUACGGAAUGGGCAUGAGGGAAAAUUUGUAUAAAGAACAUUCCAGACAAAGUAAACCUAAGGCUAAUUUUAAAAAACCACCUACAAUUAACGAUUCUUGGACGAGUAUGGACAAAUAUCCUUCGUCUGACAGCAGUUCAGAUUCGACACAAAUAACGGCUUAUAUGAAAGAGAGAAGUAAUUUGUUUAGUCCUGACUUGCAUAGUAACGCUCUAAAUGUAUUAAACAUGCACAAACAGUUGUUAGAAACGGAAUCUCAAAAGCUGAAGAUGAAGGCAAAGGCAAAAGAACCGAAACCUAGAAGUGCCAAUACUCUUAGCGAUAAUUUGGGAUUGUUAAGUUUAGCCGAUAUAUGGAGUACAAAUUCUCAUCUAGCGCAUUCCAAUCCUACUCAGCUCCUGCAGAAACUACAGGAGGAAAAGUUGAGGCGACAGCAUUGCGAAGGGUUGAUCCAGGACCUUCAGAAUAGGAAUUUAGAACUGCAACAAAAAUUAUCGGUCGCCGUUAAAGUGGACGAGUCGAAGAAUAAAACUAUACAGCAGUUCCAAGAAGCGUUACAAAAACUCAUCAGUCGUCUGGAGAAGGUUAACAAAGAGAAGCAGGAUUGGGAGCAAGAGGUGGCGACCUUGAAAAGCAGUCACAGCAGUGAGAUGGAGGAGUAUUCCCAGAAAGUGGCUUACUACGAAAAAGAAGCUUCGAAGGCACUUAAUCUGGCUCACGGGAACCAGGAAAAGUUGUCUUCCUUGGAGAAACGUUGCGCCGAGUUGCAGAGUGAAUUGCAGAAUAUAGAACGCAAGUGUAGAGAAAUCGAAGACGAUUACGGCAAAGAACUAGAGCGGAACAAGCAAAUGUCCGAUAUUUUGAGCCAGAAGGAGCUAGAACUGAGCGAGAAUAAAACCAUUUUGAAUCAAGCACGAAUGGAAGUCGCCGAAAGCAAAAGGGCCGUGGAGGUGUGCCAGGCGGAAUUCACUUCGAUAAAAACGGAAUGCAACAAACUAAAAGAAGAACUUAAAGAAGAAAAGGAGCAGAUAAUCAAGUUGAAAGAGGAGAAGCAUUUCUUGCUGGGCGAAGUCGACGAACACAAAAAGCGUGAAGGAGAGCUCAAGGAAGAGCUGAACAAAGUGAGGAAGCAACUCGACAACAGCAAAUUGGAGAUGAGGAACUUCUACCAGGGCCAGGUCGAGAUUUUGGUGCAGAACAAACUAAAAGAGUUCCAGACGCAGUUGGACCAGGCCGAGAGGACUUUUAAGGAAGAAGUGAAGAAACGGGAGAUGUCCAUCGCCAAAACUGCCGCCACGCACAUACAGCAAGUAUCGGAGAAAUACACCCUGGAAAUAAAACUGCUGGAGAAGAAGCACCAGGAAGAGAUAAAGCUGUACGAAAUCCAGAUAAUGCAGCACAAACAGCAAGUGGACGGCAUGCAGUCGAAGAUGGACCAGCUCCACGACAAGCGGGUGGUGAUCGCGAAGCAGCUGCAGAGGAUCAUGGAAUCUCAGUGGGCCGAGGCGAUGAGGAUAAUAACCAGGAGUCCCGUUUCCAACGAGGAGACUUUCAGCACGAUCGACCAGUUGAACUCGCUGAAGACGAAAUCGUACAAUAACGUCGAGGAGGUGCUGGCUCAGCAACACGAGGAACACUUUAACGUGGCGAGAAAGGCGCAGCCGCAGUUUCCUUCCUUCCAGAACGAAGACGCCUUGUCUUCCAUUGGUAAUAAUUUCGAGAAGAACCCGCGGGAGGGUUUCGACGGUCCGGUGGAGACGCCCGUGUCCAGUAGAACUCAGGGGAGUAAACCGUACAACGAAAACGAAAUUCAGCAGUACAUCAAUUUGUUGUUAAAUAGGCCACCCGGAAAUCCAACUCAGGAAUCGCAGCAAAAAGAAAUCGACGGGACGCCUGAAAACGUGACGGACCGAGCUACUUGGCAACACGAUCAAGAAAGCACAAGUAAAGGGGCUCCUAAGGGGUCGCAGAAGGAGAGGAGGUUUCCUAAACCGCCAUGGAAAUAAACCCUUGUUUAUAUUUUAUGCAAGUUAUGUAUAUUGAAGAAAUUUUAUUUAUUUUUUUA